GUCGUGUGAAUAGUUCAACCUUGCUCUUGCUAUUGCCUAGGUAUCUACUAAUUGAUUUUGUUACAAUAAAUUUCUGCUUUGCAUUUUUAGCGUACAUUUUAACUAGCCGUGAGCUCCGCGCGUUUUUUGCUACGAUCAAUACGGAAUGCCCUUAUGAGAUGCGCAAUGUGCUAAAGGUAACCUACAAUAUUGUGAUUAAAUAAAUGUCAGAUAUGACGUACGUACAAUUGUAGAAGUUAUUUGGUGAUUAGGUGAUUUAUUUCAUAAGUGCCGGGCAUUUGUUUUUGUGGAUGUUUUGACUGAAGUUAAAAAUGAAGCUGAUUCCAGUGACGUACCAGGGUUUCACUGCCAUGGAUAGACGAUUUUCCAGCUCUAUGCUACCAUGGAUCGUUUCUGAAAUCAGAAAGAGAAACUCUACAGAAAAGCUAAGCAUAGGUGUGGAAGAGGGAAUUAUUCAAGCCUACAAUCAAGAUUUUGAGCUACAGUUUUCCCAUAAGGUUUCGUUAAUGACAAGGUUUUCCCAAGCUGACUUAGAUCCAUGCACAUUUUUAUACCUUUUAAAAGAUGAACAAGAAAAACUACUGUAUUGUUACCUUUUUGUUGCCAAACAAGUGCUAGAUGUGACAGAAUUGUAUAAGCAAAUGAAGGAACAGACACAAACACCUACGAGAUCGGUGAGCAGCGCAGCAAACUUAACAUCGUUGUGUGUAGAUAUAUCUCCAAGUUCCAGUAACUUUUUUGAAGUAUUGUAUAUAGGAAAAAUAAAAGUAUGGCAGAAAAAAGUUCCAGAUACAUUCGUAGAUGAUGCGCUUGAAAAAUUCAAUACCCACGAAAUGGAAAAAAUUCGGGGGAAACAGCUAGGUAGCAUAGGAAGACUGAAAAGCGAAAGUGAUAUUAUAAGAAGAAGCUCUUCUGACUCAUCUACCAGUGAUGAUUCAGUCUCAAGUACAAAUGUCCAUCCAUUACUUAGAUCACAAUCAGUCCACUCCAGUUUGCUUCGAAUGCAACAGAACCAAAUCAUAGACACCUUAGCCUCGAUAUCUGAAAAGAAUAAGUCAAAUGAUCAUAAUGCUAAUAGUGAUGUCCAAAAUACAAGUGAUUAUCUCGACGUUAACAAUGCAAACUCUAAAGCAGAAAACAUUGAUUCCUAUCAAGAAAUUAAUAGAGUUAAUAAUAUUAAUUCUGAACUGAAUAAUGAUGUCGGUCCUACACGUUCCAAGUCAAUAUUAAAUCUAGACGAUCACAAUAGAACGAUGGUAUUGCAAGUUGAUAGGACCGAUUUGAGAUUGAUAAGUCCCGACAGGAAAAUUAUUCUACUACAUAAACAACAUAAAGAUAUUGCUACUUGUGUUCAGGGGCAAGUUAGAUCUGAACAUUUUGGGUUUAUCUGUAAAGAAGGACAAAAUACAUUCACUUAUGUUGGCUACAUAUUUAAAUGUGAAUCUGCUUCAAUAGCCAGCGAUGCUAUGGCAGCUAUUACACAAGCAUUUUUAAACAAUGAGGUACGACCAAAACACACAAUAACAUCUUGUGACCAUUGUCCUAUGGUCUGGUAUCAUAAAUUAUGUGUUGAAGUCGAAAAUAUGUCCGAUAGAAAAACGCAAGCUGCUAUUUUUAGAAGGGUAGAACAAUUAGACGAAGAAGAACAAUCAAUAAUCCUAACAAAAUACCGAGGUGCCGAAACUGAUUCCGUCCGAGAACAAAACGAAUUUCUAAUGAUGUUGCUAAGAGCCCAUUGCGAAUCGAAGCAAUUGCGUCACACGCAUGACACAGCUGAAAAUCGAUCCGAAUUCCUUAAUCAGUAUCUAGGUGGCAGUACUAUAUUUACUAAAGCUAAACGAAGUCUAUCAAAUUCGUUCGAUCAGUUGUUGAAACGGAGGGUAUCUGUAUCUAAGGACGAUUUAGGUGGUUCUACGAAAGGACUAAAUCUUCCUAUUAAUAAUAAUUUGAAGGAACCUUCACCCAAUAAAAAUGACCUUUCUGACAGAGAAUCUGAAAGUGGUAGAUCACAAACAUCUACAACAGGAUCACAGGGUGAUAUAACAGAUUUACAUAAUUAUUCGGGAUCUCUAGAAAAAGAUAUACGAAUUGAAAAGGAACCAAAAUCACCGAUGAUGGACAUCUUUCUAAAAGUUGGAAAUAGUCCAAAAUCGAACUUUGACAACGAUGGAUCUGCAAAUAAGCGAGAUGCUGGAUCUUGGAGACAAGCAAUAAUCAAAAGAGUAGCCACAGUAAAGCAGGACACCUCUCAGAGAUCUAAUAGGAAAAUGACAAAAGAAGAGCUACGAAUUUUGUGGAAGAAAUCAAUAUAUCAAGCUAUUUUGUUGGUGAGAAUGGAAAAAGAAAACGCAACAAUUAGAGCUAAACAAGAGGAAUCGGCUGUUAAAAGAAUAAAACUUGAAUACGAUGAAAUGCGUAUGGUUCAAAGAGAAUUAGAAGUUUGGGAAAUUAUAACUAACAAAGAAGGCAGCCAAACUAACGUCGACUCUCAGAUGCUUCUCCGAGCAAUUCGUCAAGGUGUUCCUAGAGCAAAGAGAGGUGACGUGUGGCAGUUUCUAGCAGAAAAAUAUGUAGCGAAUAUUGCUCCUCUUGAUACUUCAAAAUAUCCGAAUUACCAUAUGUCUUAUGAGAAUUUGUUGAAGCAACUUACAUCUUAUCAACACGCUAUUCUUAUAGAUUUAGGCAGAACUUUUCCUAAUCAUUCAUACUUCAGUAGUCCUCUAGGACCCGGACAAUUAGCUCUUUUUAAUCUACUGAAAGCCUAUUCCCUUCUUGAUCCUGAUGUUGGAUACUGUCAGGGCUUAAGCUUUGUAGCUGGUAUUCUUUUACUACAUAUGGAAGAGAGUAGAGCUUUUUUAUUAUUAAAACAUUUGAUGUUCCGAAGAGGAAUGCGCACUCAAUAUCUUCCGGAUAUGGCGAGCUUACAAGUUAAGCUUUAUCAAUUAUCUCGAUUAUUACACGACCAGAUUCACGAUGUUUAUGUUCAUUUUGACCAACAUGAAGUUACACCAACUUUGUAUGCAGCUCCAUGGUUGUUGACGGUUUUUUCUUCACAGUUUCCAUUAGGAUUCGUUACAAGAGUCUUUGAUCUUAUAUUCCUGGAAGGACCUGAAGUUAUCUUCCGCGUAGCGUUAGCUCUUUUAAUCUUCCACAAAGAAAAAUUACUUCAAUGUGAUAGCUUCGAAGAGAUCAUGAAUUACCUUAAAGAACAGCUUCCUAAUAUAGAUAAAAUUACUUUAGACAAAAUUAUGAAAGAAGUAUAUGCCAGUUCUUUUACCAAACAACUAAAUGAGUAUAAAGUAGAGUACCAAGUUUUACAGGAGGAACUAACUUUAGUCCAACCACAAGUUGAAGCGUUUCAAAAAUUAGAAGCUCAUACUAAGAUUUUGACUGAACAAAAUAAGGCACUAAUGCAACAAUUGGAGUUGAGUCUGUCUAAUGUUCAAAGAUUGGAGAAAACUAGGGUUUUACAACAGUCACAAAUAAACAAAUUAGAGAUGCAAAACAGGGCUCUUGAUGUAACUAUAGGAUCUUUAGGAAAUUUUGUUCAAUCUUUAAUUGAACAAAAAUUAGACCUUGAAAUUCCUGAUGAUGUACAAAGAAUAUUAUCACAAUUAUCAUUUACAGAACGAAUAAAACAUGAAGUAAAACCUCAUCAAAACAACCUUUUAAGAAUGUUCCAGAGGUCUCCGGAAAAAAUAAUGACUAAAUCACAAAGUAUGGGUUUAAUUAAUUUACCAACCAAUGUUAAUAACAAGCCCGACCAAACUAGAUCUAGAACUAGUAGUCUAAGUAAAAGAAAAGAAGCUAAUCCCAAUCUGACAACCACCCCUAGUAAUUCAGCUGAAAGGAUAUCCAAAUUCUUUUCAGGUUCUCAUCACAAUAUACUCCAACAGAAACUAAACGCUCAAAACAAUAUUUUAAGUAAUACUAAAAUAGAUAUAACAGUUCAAGAGUUCAAAAAUGAAGAUUUACGUGAAAAUAAUCCUGUAGAGUUUCCAUUCGUCAACAAUAACAUCUCUCCUACAAACUCUGAAGACAGUGGUGUGGUAUCUCCAGCUAGUAACCCUCUAAGUCCUAAAUCUGUAGAUUCACACCCCUUAAGCAACUGUGAUGUUUCUUUUAUGUUUAACGGUACAAGGGAACUAAAAACUAUAAGGAACAUAAAUAAUCUUAGACAAAUUUGUCCCGACAUUACAAAUAAAUGAUUCAGAAAGUAUUUUAGGUUAAUAUUAACUAUAGGAAAUCAACUUACGGUUAGAAAUAAGUUAUAUCAAGAUUAGUCCAUUCACACACGGUAAAAUAUUGCAAAACCUCCGUGUUUUAAAGAACCGCUUGGAUUGGCUUGUUGGGCAUAGUACACAUAGCUAACAUGUCAAAAAAACAUGAUAUUGUGCCGAGGUGUGCUUUUGCCCUGGGAGUGAGUACCAUCCCUUCUCGGAGGUGAAAAAACAUAGGUACGAUGAAACUAAAUCCAGGAGUGGACAAGCUGCCUAAGCAACAUUUUAUCUAUAGAGUUUUUUCACUAAGUCAAUACUUUUCGAGAUAUUUGUGAGUGAAUAUGUCCAUUUUUCAUUUUUUGUUAUAUCACGUUGAACAUUCAAUUGGGAAUUUGACGAAUAAUAAUCUACUUUUCAAUAGCUACAACUCUGCUUCUACUGGGUGCACAGACGUCAUGGUCAUACAUACACCAUUUUUUUCAGUUUUUUGUAAGCUAUAUUUUUUCCAAGACUAUUUUUUCGAGACAAAACUUUUUUGAGUUAUUUGCGAAAAACCGUCUCUAAAAACGUGUUUUUUUUUGUUGAAAAAUGAACAUAUUUAUAUUCACUAGCAGAUAACUCGAAAAGGGGACGAAUGUAGCUCAGCCGCAAGAUACUGGCUUCAUAAGCCACAGCGCACAAGUUCGAAUCUCGACACCAAUAACGACAUUUUUAUUUCUAAAAAUGAUACCAGCCGUUCACCGUAGGGUACGUUAAGCCGUCGGUCCCCCUGGGCUAAAAUAAGCAACGACCCCUAGCUACUUCAAAAGGGUUAAAGAUAUAAGUUGCGCCGGAAUCUACCCAAAAAGAUCUCCCCGGCAAAAAUGCCAUACGAUAUUAUUAUGCUCAAAAAGUAUUGACUUAUAGUAAAUAAACUUUAUAGAGCAAAAGUCACUUAGAAUUAGUAAGUUUAUUUACUUCUGGACUUAUUUUGAACAUAUUAUGUUUUUCACCCCCGAAAAGGGAUGCUACUCACCCCCAGGGAAAAAGCACACAUCGGUAAAAUUUCAUGUUAAUCCAAGCGGUUAUUUAAAAUCCGGAGCAAAACCGUGAGUAAGUGGACUAGAUAUAACUUAAGAUUAUUUUGAGUGAUUUUUGUAUUGUUCAAGAAGUAUUGUAUUGAUAUUUAAACAUAAUACUCAGUUAAAAUUUAUAAUAGACAGGGUAUACUAUAGUCCGAUAACAACAGUUUUGUAUAGAGAUCAUUUCUAAAUCAGAGUAAAAUACUAAUCAGAUUUCUUACAACUUUUUAUGUAAAAUUAGUAAAGAGGAAAUAUUAACAUUUGUUAUUAUUGUUUUAUAAAAUAGUCAGGAUUAAAGUAUAUUAUUAAAUGAAAACAAAAUGUUAUAGGCAUUUAACCAGUUGUAUAAUAAUAUAUAUAAGAUUGUAUGGUUCAAUAAAAUACUUCACUACUA